ACCUUUCCCCGGAGAAGAUGGCGGAUCGGGCGGAGAUGUUUUCUCUUUCCACCUUUCACUCGCUGUCGCCGCCAGGCUGCAGGCCUCCACAGGACAUAAGCCUGGAAGAAUUUGAUGAUGAAGAUCUGUCUGAGAUCACCGAUGACUGUGGUCUGGGCCUCAGCUACGACUCGGACCACUGCGAGAAGGAUGGCCUUUCCCUGGGGCGUUCGGAGCAGCCGCACCCCAUCUGCUCCUUCCAGGAUGACUUCCAGGAGUUUGAGAUGAUCGAUGACAAUGAAGAGGAGGAGGAGGAGGAGGAGGAGGAGGAGGAGGAAGAGGAAGAGGAGGAGGAGGAGGAAGAGGAGGAGGAGGGGGAGGAAGCAGAAGGGGAGGGCAAGGAGGGAGGAGGCCCUGCUCGGGAGCCCCUGAUCCCCUCCCCCUCCCUGGAGGAGCCCCACAAGCACCGGCCCACCACGCUCCACCUGACAACGCUGGGAGCCCAGGACUCCCUGAACAACAAUGGAGGGUUUGCUCCAGGGCCUCCAGCCUCCAGGCAGGAAACAGUGCUGUGCCCACCCGCCCAGGAGCCCCUCCGAGAGCCGCCCGCCCCGCUCCCGCCCACGGACAGAAGCCCCUGCGGGGCGCAGUCACCUGUGCACCCAGGUUGCGACUCCGAAGGAAACCAGCCCGCAGGGCCCCUGGCGCCAGGUGAGGCCUCGCCCGCCUCGGAUCCGGGCAUCGAGGCCGACCUGGGGAGCGGCUCCAGCGGAGGCCGCGGGGGUCGGCGCAGCAGCCAGGAGCUGUCGUCGCCGGGCUCCGACUCCGAGGACGCGGGCGGCGCGCGCCUGGGGCGCAUGAUUUCGUCCAUCUCAGAGACAGAGCUGGAGCGGAGCAGCGACGACGGCGGCGGCAGCAGCAGCGGCCGCUCCUCGCACCUCACCAACUCCAUCGAGGAGGCCUCGUCGCCGGCCUCGGAGCCCGAGCCCGAGCCGCCGAGCGAGCCCCCGCGCCGCCCCGCCUUCCUGCCCGUGGGCCCCGACGACACCAACAGCGAGUACGAGUCAGGGUCCGAGUCUGAGCCGGACCUCAGCGAGGACGCCGACUCGCCCUGGCUGCUCAGCAACCUCGUGAGCCGCAUGAUCUCCGAGGGCUCCUCGCCCAUCCGCUGCCCUGGCCAGUGCCUGUCUCCCGCGCCGCGUCCUGCCGGCGAGGGUGUGUCGCCCGCCGGCGAGGCCCCCGGGGCGGCGGCGGGGCCGGGCGUGGAGCUGGUGGACAUGGAGACGCUGUGUGGGCCGCCGCCCCCCGAGCCCUCCGCCCCUCGGCCCGGCCCCGCGCAGCCCGGGCCCUGCCUCUUCCUCAGCAACCCCACGCGCGACACCAUCACGCCCCUGUGGGCCGCUCCGGGCCGCCCUGCCCGCCCGGGCCGCGCCUGCUCUGCCGCCUGCUCGGAAGAGGACGACGAGGAUGAAGAGGAGGAGGACGAAGCUGAGCCCAAGGCAGGGCCCCCCGGGGGCCGGGGCACGGGCCCCGCGGCGCUGGACGCCUCGCUGGUGUACGACGCGGUCAAGUACACGCUGGUGGUGGACGAACACACGCAGCUGGAGCUGGUGAGCCUGCAGCGCUGCGCGGGCCUGGGUGACGACAGCGAGGACAGCGGUGGCGAGGCCAGCGAGGAGGAGGCGGGAGCCGCGCUGCUGGGCCGUGAUCAGGGCCCCGGGGAUGCCUCCCCGGGCAGCCCUGACCUCACCUUCUCCAGGAAGUUCCUCAAUGUCUUUGUCAACAGCACCUCUCGAUCCUCCAGCACCGAGUCUUUCGGCCUUUUUUCCUGCCUGGUCAAUGGGGAGGAGAGGGAGCAAACCCAUCGGGCUGUGUUCAGGUUCAUUCCCCGCCAUCCCGACGAGCUUGAGCUGGAUGUGGACGACCCGGUCCUGGUGGAGGCCGAGGAGGAUGACUUCUGGUUCCGUGGCUUCAACAUGCGCACGGGGGAGCGUGGCGUCUUCCCUGCCUUCUAUGCCCACGCGGUGCCUGGCCCGGCCAAGGACCUGCUGGGGAGCAAGCGGGGUCCCUGCUGGGUGGAGCGCUUUGACGUGCAGUUCCUGGGCUCCGUGGAGGUGCCCUGUCACCAGGGCAAUGGCAUCCUGUGUGCAGCCAUGCAGAAGAUCGCCACUGCCCGGAAACUGACCGUCCACCUGCGUCCUCCUGCCUCCUGUGACCUUGAGAUUUCUCUUCGGGGGGUCAAGCUGAGUCUAAGUGGAGGACCCGAGUUCCAGCACUGCAGCCACUUCUUCCAGAUGAAGAACAUCUCGUUCUGCGGCUGCCACCCCCGCAACAGCUGCUAUUUUGGCUUCAUCACCAAACACCCGCUGCUGAGCCGUUUUGCCUGCCACGUUUUCGUCUCCCAGGAGUCGAUGAGGCCCGUGGCCCAGAGUGUGGGCCGCGCCUUCCUGGAAUACUACCAGCACCACCUGGAGUACGCCUGCCCCACAGAGGACAUCUACCUGGAGUAGCCCCGCCGCGCUCCCGCUCCGGGGGCGGCUGGGGCUGGGGCGUCUCCCGCGGCCUCCUCGGCUUUGGCAAGGACGGGACUGGGGGCACAUGGGACCUGACAUCCGGCGAGUCUCGGGCUGUGCUGGGAACUCUCCUCCUUGCUCCCCAGGGGCUGCUGAAGAGUGGAGUCUGCACCUUCGCUACCCCUGACCUGUUCUGUCUGUGUCGCCCUGGUCUGCCCUUGGCCUCCCUCCUCUCUCCUCCUGUCUGUCUCUGCUCCUCUGUGCCUGCACACUCUUGCCCUCUGCUCUUUACUUUGGGGUCAGCAUUGGGAGGCGCGUGUGGAGGAAGCUCCCAGGUGACCCCUCUUGCUCCUCCCAUGUGAUUUAUAAAGGAAUUUUAAUUUUUAUAGUGAAUAUCAAGGGAUCAUCCCAUCCUCACCAUAGGGACAAAGAGAGGGGACCCCCCCAUACUGCCCCACGAGGAGCUCAGGGGUAAGCAGGGAGGGGUUCCCCAGUAGGGCCCUGGGGGAGACUAGGAGUCGUGGUCACCCCAGGCCCCAGACGCUGCUAGGAGGAGGGGGCCCUGGCCCAGGCCCCGGCCACACCAGCAUCCGCUAUGCCGCUGCAAGCACUCCCCGCAGUCCACCUCAAUAAACUCUCUG